AUGGGAUGGGUCUCUCGCGCGGACGAGAUGGGGCACGUAUAUAUCGGGCAACUCCCGGCGUACUGCAGCGAGGCUCUCCGUGCGUCGUGCGAUCAGCCUCCUCCACUUGCCGCCCGUGGCUUUUAUACCCACCACCUGUCUCGCCCUUCCCCCUCCCGGCACCCACGCCACCCCAGCCCCUCCGCCCCUCGCUGCUGCUGCUGCUGCUGCCCCUCCGACUCGCCAGAACAACCGAACCACACGCCGAGCCGACAUGCCGGCCCAAUGAUCGCGUGGCGGUGUUUGCACAUCCUCUCCUCUUCCUCCCGCACUCAGCGGGCAUUUCGCGUCACGUUUUUUCCCACAUCGUCACACGCGAACAGAUCCAGCUGCCGUCACACACAGUCUCCCACUCGUCCUCUCUCUCGCCUCUCGCCUCUCGCCUCUCCCUACUUAUUCUCCAAUCCACCAGCCCAUCUCCGCCUCGACGUCCCCACGCAUGCAUCCAGCCUCCGGUCCUUGAUUUCUUUCUCCCCCAUCGAGCAGGCUCUCUCGUAA